UGAUCAUUCUUCAAUAAUGACUCAGUAGUGCAACGGUGUUCAGUAAGUGCAAAUCAUGAGUUGUUUAAUAACAAUAGCGUUUAUACUCUUCGCCGGAAUUGUCCUAAAGAUUUACACAAUACUCUCAAUGGGAUGGUGCAGAGCUAAAGUGUGUCUGGUCGGAAAAACAGCUUUGGUAACAGGCGGUAAUUCUGGUAUUGGAUACGAAACCGCCUUGCAUUUGGCAUCCAGAGGAUGCAGGCUAAUAAUAGCCGAUGUCGUUGAUUCUGAAUCCAGUAGAAAGCAAAUUGUUGAAGAAACUGGUAAUGACAAUAUCAUCUACAAAUGGAUAGACUUGGGCAGUUUGGAGUCAACUCGAAAAUUUGCUGAAGAUAUAAUCAAGACUGAACCCAGAUUGGAUAUAUUGAUCAACAAUGCAGGUGUUGCUGGUUUUCCAGAAAUCUAUAUGCAUAUUAACCAUUUCGGUUCAUUCCUUUUAACUCAUCUAUUAGUUGAUCUCCUAAAGAAAACACCAAGAAGUCGCGUUGUAUUUGUCAGCUCAAUUUUGGCUUUUCUGCACCAACUGAAGACAGUCGAAGACAUCACUAAACCAGCCAGGUUUUAUUGCAAAAGCAUUAACCCUUUGUUGCAGUAUAACAACAGCAAGUUAUGUAAUAUCAUCGCAGCAAGAGGUUUCGCUAAAAGACUUUCGAAACACGGUAUCACAGUGAACGCCGUACAUCCAGGUUUAGUCAGCACGGCCAUUUUCAGAUCCGCUGGAAAACGUCUGUUCGAUUUGGUUUUUAAGAUUUUCCGCUUUGUUAGUGAUACAACCAUCUGGUUUGUUGGAAAAAGUGCCGAGGAGGGCGCUCAAACAUCGUUGCAUUGUGCCAUCGAUAAAUCCGUUGAAGAAAUAUCCGGGCAAUUUUUCUCAGAUUGCAAAGUCUUUAAAGUCCCGCCAAAAGCUACAGAUCAGGCUUUCUCCGAAGCCGUUUGGACUGAGUGCGAGAAGUUAGUAAAAUUGUCCCAAGAGGAGAAAAUACAAUAAUGACAAUAUCUGCUAGUUUGAUUUUUAAUA